GCAAAGCCCCAGUCUUGUCUAACCAGUCGAGUGGAAGCGUUCUAAACACUAAACAACAAAAAAAACACAAAUCAUACAAUCAGCCAUGCGUUUCUUUGCUCUGAUCGCCCUCUGCCUGUUCGCCCUGCUGUCGCUCACCGUGGCCCAGGAGGCGGACUUCUGCCCGUGUCCCCGCAACUUUGAGCCCGUCUGCGGCUCGGACUCCAGGACCUACAGCAACAAGUGCGACCUGGAGUGCCAGGCCACCAAGGCCUCCCGUCAGGGCCGCAGCAUCACGCUCAUCAAAGAGGGAAGAUGCUGAGCACUCAAUAAUGACAUAACCAUAACCGAUUUAUGAUACAACAAAAAAUAAAUACGUGUCUAAUGUGACGUUUGUACAUGA